AUGGCGACACAGGAUGCAGCUAACUGUCAAGUUACGAAGGUGGCGUUUGGUAGCUGCGAGGAGCGGAAGAUGUUUCCAGCGCACAGUGCGCCUAAUCGCAUGGGCAACGAGUUCCAGCCACUGCACGGCUCUCCGGCGCGAGGCCCUGGAUGCUAUGACAACCACGUGGUGGGCACCAUCCUUUACAACCUACAAAAAAGGCCGGAGAGUAAGAAGGGCUACAGUUUAGCAGCCCGCACUGCUCCUCGCUUCUUGCCCUCUUUCCAGACAGUCACUCCCUCGCCACAGAAAUACCAGCAGGACUGGAGUGUAUCAAGAGUGUGUCCUCCUGGAAGAACCCCCUUCAACUCCACCACUCAGAGGGUUACAUCAAAGCCUGCUACAGCUAGCUUCAACCCUGGCCCUGGGUCAUAUGCUCAUGAUUCCCCACACGAUCAGAAGGUGUCCUGGCCUAUGAAGUUUGGCUCACCAGACUGGUCAAGAGUGCCCCAAAUGGAGAGAAAGGCACUGCGCACUGAGCUCCCUUGUGACAAGGAGUUCCUCAAGCAGAGAAACAGAGUGGCAUAUCUACGCUUGUUCUACUGUUGACCUUACUGGACAAAUACAUCAUGUGAUCUGGAUUUAGGAUUUGAC